GUCCCUAGGUUGGAUGGCGCUGCACCUGCUGAGCGUGCUCCGGGAAAGCUGCAAAAGCCGGGCAGAAACUCUGAGCAUCCGGAGAGCAGUGGGAUGGAAAGAAAGGAAGGCACGUGUGCUAGGGGCAUCGAUCCUGGAGUGCUAAUGAGCUUAGAGAUAAAGCAGCAAGGGCCGGCUUCGUUUGAUGGGGCAGCAGCUGAGAACUUGCCCGCCCGCUCCGACAGUCAGCAGCCAGCCUCUGGAGCUGUUAUCUCCACAGGCGAUGCGCAGGAGAAUGGCUUAGAAGAUGCUGCUACCGCGGGGGGAAACGACUUAAUUACAGAGUGGAAUGCAGGACCAGCUCCGUCCGAAGAGGAUGUAAGUCUUCCUACUGAGCAGCUCCAGCAUCUGCAGCCAAAUGAACAGCAGGAAAGUGAGUACGGUGAUCCAGGCGCUGCCAAGAGCGCCUCUGGCAUGGCAGCUUCAACACUCCUCCCGGGAAGGUCUUCUCAAUUGCCAGGUGAUUUUACUGUGCCACCUGGGGAGAGUCAGGAGACGCACAUCUGCAGCAAUAUCCUGCUUGACAGCCAGUCUCAGAAUGACAUGCAGAUGAUAGGAGAUGAGCCAGCAAAUAGGAAAUGCAUGGAAACAUUGGCAGGGUCACAGGAAAAGAAAGUGGCAGAGCGUGGGUUAAUAGAUUACUUGAAGAAUGAAGUGAGCCAGGAUGGCUGCCUGCAAACUGGCUCUCAACUAGAAUCCAGCCAUGCAACCAAGGGAGGUGCAGAAGGGAGCAGUGGCACAGUGCUAAGCACAGCAAAGACAGGUAACAAAAAGACUGGAGGCAUCCCUGAAACAGGUACUGCAAGGAUGUUAGUCAGUGGUGAAGGUGGCUUAGCUAUAACCACGAGCCCAGGAGAGCAGGAGACAGCCCUGUAUAAAAAUCACUCUCCAGCCCUUCCUGUGAUGGAGCAGGAUGAGCAUUCUGCCUGUACAGAUCUCACUGCUGCUGAAAAUCAGCCAAGCAAGAGGAAUUCAGAACAUGAAAGCUCACUUCAGGAUGCCAAAGGAAAGCUCUCAGCGCUGGCAUUAACUGAGCCUAAGGACAUUGACCUGGAUGAACUUCAGGACAUGGCUGUGGCAGGAUUACCUCCUGAAAGCUCUUCUGGGCCAGGUGAUGAUAUACAGUUGGCUUCUGCCCUUGAUCCUUCUGAGCAACCCAUAGCUGUUUCUGCUGCCAGUGGAAAUGCUGACCCUGUGGAUGCUUCUGAGGUGACUGCAGCAAGCACUUCCAAGCCUGAUAGCUGCCAGGAAGUGGAUAACCGUGUUCCUGAGGAUGUGCCUUUGGCUGCGGCCCCUGGGGAGGCUGUAGAACUGCCCGCUCGAGAAACUGAGGGCUUCACGAGGGACAAAAGGAGGAGCUCUGACUCUGAAGAAGCAUUCGAGACCCCGGAGUCCACCACCCCGGUGAAGGCACCACCUUCACCUCCACAGCCGCCCCCCGAAGCAGUAGCGGCGGCAGCAGCAGCGGCGGUGGUAGGAGACGCAGCAGAACAAGAGACAAAACCCCCGCUGCCCUCGGAAGACACAGGGCUAUGUCCAGAAGCUGCACCUGUAACUGAUGUGUCACACAGUGAACCAGCUGAGGAAAGCCCUUUCCGCCCCCCUUGCCACUCCUUUUCCACCGUCUUCGAUGAGGACAAGCCGAUAGCCAGCAGCGGCACUUACAACUUGGACUUCGAUAACAUUGAGUUGAUCGAUUCUCUCCAUGCCUUAGGACCAAGCUCUUCAGAAGCCAAGAAUCGUGACCCCAAAGUGAAUGUGAGGAGGAAGUCCACCGAUUCGGUGCCAGUCUGCAAGUCCACCUUGUCUCGCUCUCUGAGCUUGCAGGCUGGGGAUUUCGACGGAGCAUCUUACCUUGGCAACAGCGAGACCUUAGCGCCGGCAGCGGAUGUGUACGGUACUGGCUCCAGCAGUGCUUCCAGUACCCUGAAGAGAACAAAGAAAUCCAGACCAGCUUCCUUAAAGAAGAAGCAGACAGCUAAAAAAUCCCUGGAUGCUCCUCCAGUGAAGGAAACACCGCAAGAACCGCCUGACCUGGGCCAAGCAGCUUGCGCCCCGGGUGAGGAUAAAACAGAAGCAAAGGCUGACGCAGUAAAGCCUGAAUGUACUGAACCUUCUAAAAUCUCUGCUGAGAAACAGGAGGCCCCAGCUGUGCCUGAGGGAUCCUACCCUUUGGAUCCAGACAGUCUUGAAGGGAUUAGCGCAUUUAGCAGCGGAGGUGGCAAAGUACAGAACUCUCCCCCUGCCAAUAAGAAAACUCUACCUCUUACCACGGCACCGGAGGCCGGGGAGGUGACUCCUCCUGACACCGGAGGACAGGAAGAUCCUCCGGUCAAAGGCAUCGCUGUCAGGCUGGAGUUUGACUAUUCUGAAGAAAAAGGGGCGAGUGAAGACCAGCAGGAGAGUACUCCUCCUCCCAAAAAAGCAGGUAAAAAGCCUGGUGCUAAAAUGCCACUACGGAGGCCAAAGACUAAGAAAGCCGUGGAAAAGCUUGACAAUGCUCCCAGCACCCCGACCAAGGCUCCCGCUGAUCCCAACGAAAUCCCCAUCACAAAAGGCUCUUACACUUUUGAUAUUGACAAGUGGGAUGAUCCCAAUUUUAACCCCUUCUCCUCUAGUACAAAAAUGCAGGAAUCGCCCAAACUGCCUCAACAAACGUACAGCUUUGAGCCAGACAUGUGCGAGGACUCUGUUGACCCUUUCAAGUCUUCUUCUAAGGUAGCCAGCUCGCCCUCUAAGUCUCCAGCUUCCUUUGAGAUACCAGCCAGUGCCAAUGAAACAAAUGGGACUGAGGGAGACAGCUUGAACAAGCCUGCCAAGAAGAAGAAGACGCCACUGAAAACGAUGGUAGAAGAUGUGAUGUCUGUAUGUUCUCUGUUUGAUACAUUUAGGGUGAAAAAAUCACCAAAAAGAUCCCCGCUAUCAGAUCCUCCUUCCCAGGAUCCCACUCCACUGCCUACCCCAGAAACACCUCCUGUCAUAUCCACCGUGGUUCAUGCAACAGAUGAGGAGAAACUGGCAUCUUCAGUGACCAGUCAGAAGUGGACCUGCAUGACUGUGGACCUGAACACGGAUAAGCAGGACUACCCCCAGCCCUCUGACCUCUCCACCUUUGUCAACGAGACCAAGUUCAGCUCCCCUACAGAGGAGUUGGAAUAUGGCAACUCCUAUGAAAUAGAAUAUAUGGAGAAAAUAGGCUCCUCUGUGCCUGAUGAUAGCGCCCCGAAGAAACAAUCUCUGUACCUAAUGUUUGAUGCUCAGCAGGAGAGCCCGGUCAAAUCACCUCCCAUCAGGCUGUCUGAUUCCACAACACCCUGCUCAGGGUCAAGUUUUGAAGACCCUGAGUCCCAGCAGUCCUCUGGAAUGAAAAUCCAGCAUGCAGCCUCCCGAGUCCUAGCUGCCAGCCAGGAGGCACACUUGCAGUCCCCUGACAAGUCAAAGCAAAAAGACCUGGAGCCCAUGACGCUAGGAACAACUCCAGAGGCUAUUGAGAUCACAUCUCCUGAAGACUCCUUUGUCUCUGCUGAUGCUCUUCUCAAUAGGAUAUCUAAGAAAACCUCAAUAUGUGAUCAGCCUGAAUACCUAGAUCCUGACUUAGCAGAAAAGAACCCCCCAGUAUUUGCUCAGAAACUUCAGGAGGAGUUAGAGUUUGCUGCAAUGAGGAUAGAAGCCCUGAAGUUAGCCAGGCAGAUUGCCCUGUCUUCUUUCUACGCUGAGAGGGAGCCUGCCAUGCCAGCAGAUGUUUCCAUCUCGAAAAGCGCGCUCUACUCCCGCAUCGGCGCCUCCGACGCCGAGGGCACUGCCGGCCUCCUCUACCCCCAGCCUGACCUGGACUCUGCGCUGCGACUUGCCAGGGCAGAGAUUGUGGCCAAGGAAAGAGAAGUAUCUGAGUGGAAAGAGAAGUAUGAAGAAAGCAGAAGAGAAGUGAUGGAAAUGAGGAAGAUCGUUUCGGAAUACGAGAAGACGAUUGCCCAGAUGAUAGAGGAUGAACAGAGAGAGAAAUCUGUCUCCCAUCACACUGUUCAGCAGCUGAUAGUGGAGAAGGAGCAAGCUUUGGCAGAUCUGAACUCGGUGGAGAAAUCCCUGGCAGAUCUUUUCAGGAGAUAUGAAAAAAUGAAGGAAGUCUUGGAGGGGUUUCGCAAGAAUGAAGAAGUGUUAAAGAAAUGUGCGCAGGAAUACUUAUCACGAGUAAAGAAGGAGGAGCAGAGGUACCAAGCACUCAAAAUCCACGCUGAGGAAAAACUGGACAGAGCCAAUGCUGAAAUUGCACAAGUGAGAGGCAAGGCUCAGCAAGAGCAAGCAGCCUAUCAGGCCAGCCUUCGGAAGGAGCAGCUGAAAGUGGACGCCUUGGAACGAACACUGGAACAAAAGAACAAAGAGAUAGAAGAGCUAACAAAGAUUUGUGAUGAACUGAUUGCCAAAAUGGGGAAAAGCUAACUUUUAACCAAAUCUCUGGACUUGGAUCUCGAGUGCAAUAUGACCACUGGCACACUGCUGCCCAUGCCUUUCCGUGGGCAGGUUCUCUUUUCACUUCUUUUCGUAUGCACUACUGUAUUUUCCUUCUGAAUAAAGUUGAUUUAAUUGUAUGCAGUACCCAGAUGACUAUCAGAAUUUCUUGCUAUUGUUUGCAUUUUCAUAGUAUAAUUCAUAGCAAGUUGAUCUCAGAAGUUCCUGUAUCAGGGAGAUUGUCAAGUUCUCGAAGAAGCUACCGAUCGCCGAUCCUAAGCCUUCCCUUUGUACAUUGAGUUCCCAUGUUGGAUGUCUUUUUUGGAUUUAAUAUAAACAUGUAUUACUUGCAUGGGGACUCUUGCCUUAAGGAGUGUAAACUUUAUCUGCAGUUGCUGAUUUGUAAAAUAAAGUUUAAAAGGAAAAAAAAAAGCCAAACAGAAGGGGUGGGGGGGUAAAACCAGUCAGAGAAGGCAA